GGUAUCGAGUGUGGUCCAGGAUCCCUAGGUUGCAAGAUGAGCACCAGGCUAGGAACAAACCGCGCUUCUCUGUCCCAUGAAGCCUUUCCUCUCCUCAACCUCAGAGCUCAGUACCGGCCCAGUGGACGGAAUGGAGGGAAGGGGAGAGGAGGGGGUGUGCAACACCACACCAGGCUUUGGACGUUUGACGCCGCACCCACCAACUUGGAUAUAUAG